AUGACUGUCUGGACAGAACCAGGCUCUCCAGGCCCGACAUCAAACGCUCCACAUCUAGAUGCAUUCCACCAGCUCGUCCAAGAUCUCAGCAAGGUGCUUGGUCCCUCAUCCGGCAUAGAUUCCGCAGAAGUAGACCCCGAAGACCUCCAAGCGCUGAUGCGGAACUACAUUUCCGAUGCCUCAGAGUGGAUGCAAUAUGCCCUCGGCGACCCCAGCAGGAACUACACCAGGAACCUCGUCGACAGGGGAAAUGACAAGAGUAACCUUCUCAUCCUCGUCUGGACCCCUGGCGAAGGCAGCCCAAUCCACGACCACGCCAAUGCCCACUGCGUGAUGAAAAUCCUAGCGGGUUCCCUGAAGGAAACACUAUACGCCUGGCCCGAAGCCUCUGGCGCUGCGCCGCUGGCCGUCAAGAAAGAAACCGUGUACACCGAGAACCAGGUCACGUACAUGUCUGACCAGCUGGGGCUGCACCGGAUUUCGAAUCCGGACCCUAAGAACGUCGCUGUUUCUUUGCACUUGUACACGCCGCCGAAUGCGGCUACCUUCGGCUGUAACAUCUUUGACGAGGUAACGGGACGGUCGAGCCAUGUUAAGCAGAAUGUGUUCUUCUCAGAGCGGGGGCACAAGCUGUAA